AUGAACCCCUCGAUAUCCCUCGCCAGCGCCCCCAAGCGCAGAAACGGCCGCCCCCAGGCCUGCGAGCCCUGCCGCCGACGCAAAGUCGCCUGCGACCAUCGGACCCCGACGUGCUCGCGCUGUCGCCGCGGCGGAAUCGCCGACAACAGUCGACCGCAGCCGCUGCAGGCACAUCUCCCCGAAGGCAACAUCGGCUAUCUCGGCGCAACGAGCUUCUCUGCCUUUUACGAGGAGGCACAACAGAGUCUGCCGGUAGCAGACAAGUGCGAGUCAGAGGCAGAAGCUGUGCUGCCGCCGAAAUGCGUCGAGGUGUUUCCGGGCAUGGGCGAAGCUGCGCUGAGCGUGCUGCGUCAGAUCCCUGACAAAGCUUCGUCCAAGCUCUUGGCCAGGUUGUACUCCAGCUUCUACGGAGGCUGGAGCUGGCUCUCGGGACAGUGGCUGAACGAGUCUCUCUGGACGGCGUUUGGGACGACGUUGGACCGCGAGGCGAGAGACGAGGCGCAGCUGCGGCGCAUGUCGUCCAAGCUCUACCGAAACGGCGCCGUUCCUCUGGGAGAGGCUCAUGCAGAUGCCCAGGCCUGGUUCGACGAGUAUUCGGGGCCGAAUCUGCGGUGGGAGGCCCUUGGCUUGCUGUUCGUCUUCUGGGCCGGCGGUGCGCGGAGACUGCCUGAGCGGUCGGCCAUUUGCGGCGACUGCGCGGUGCUGCACAAUCACCAUGCGAGCCAGCUUGUUCGUCAGUAUAAGACGGCUGCGUGGAAGUGCAUUGAGCUGUGUCGCGAUGGGGCGAGCAGCAACAUGUUGCUGGCGUUUCUCGUCUUGGGACAUAGUUUAUUGGAGUCCAACAUUUCCGGUGAUGCAGGCAUGCAAUACUGGCGAACACACGGCGACCUCAUGGCCAUGACAACCUACCUCGGCCUGCACGUCUCCCCCAACGCAGACCCCAUGGACUGCACCAUCACCACGCAAGUCAAGCGCCAGCUCUUCGCCGCCAUCUUCGCGCACGACAAGGUCACCGCCACCUUCACCGGCCGGCCGCCGUUCCUCAGCAGGCGGUUCUCGUCGACGCCGCUGCCGCUGGACUUGAGCGACGACAUGCUCCUCCUCUCCUCGGGCGGCAGCAGCAGCAAUCAGCUGGCCGACUACAGGGACUGCCGGGUGGACGACAACGGAUGGAGCACGGAUGGCAGGAUAUACGUGACGACGACGCUGCGCGCGAGGGCCAUGCUGGCGUAUGUGCGGGACGAGAUUCUGGAGAUUGCGCUGCAGAGCCUGGAUUUCGGGGGCAAAUCGGCGCUUCUCAAUCUGAAGAGACGAGAGAUGCAGAUCGUCGCCGGCUUCCCGCCCUGCAUCCUCUACCAGCCCGAAGACGUCAACAACCCCGACAUCUCCGGCCGCGACCUCUACGCGCGGCUCCUCGUCUGGCUCGAGCACCUCCAGAACCUCUUCCUCAUCGAGCGCCUCCUCAGCAAACUACAACAAGACGAAGACAACAGCCAAGAAGCCCCCUCCUCCUCCUCCUCCUCCCGCCUCUUCGACAUCAGCCUCGAGAUGGUCACCCUAGCGCACCUCUUCUGGACGCACCAGAACCGGCUCAAGACAGUCGAGGACUGCGUCGAGUGGACGACGGCCUCGUUCGCCGCGCCCGCGGGAGGCGUCCUGUGCAUGGAGCUGCUCCGCGGGACGGCGACGCACGACGCGCUGAGCCCCGCGGCGACCAAGGCGCUCAUCGCGGAGAAGCUGGGCAUGCUGGCGGCGUUUCUGGACUGGGUCGGCCCCGGGUCGCCGAAUUACGACAUCUGCUACAGGGUGAAGAGGGUGGUGAGGAGGGUGUUGGAGCAGGCGCUGGAGAUGCCGGUGCAGACGAACCUGCUGGAUGGGAGCGGGCAUUGGAGCAUGGAGGACGGGGAGGGGGAUCUGAAUUCGUUUUUCAGCUUUGAUUUGCUGGAUACCUUUGAGUGGCUGCGGCCUGAGUAA